AUGUCAAGUAUUAUAGAGGCAUCCUCCACUUUGAGGAGAAGAAAGCAUCUGAAGAGAGGUAUCACGUUUACCUUGAUGGUGGUUGGCCAAUCUGGUAGCGGUAGAUCCACGUUCAUAAACACCCUGUGUGGGCAGCAGGUUGUCGACGUGUCGACGACGGUAAUGUUACCGACAGAUAAGUCAACUGAGAUCGAAUUGCAGCUGAGGGAAGAGACGGUGGAAUUGGAAGACGACGAAGGGGUGAAAAUCCAGCUAAAUAUAAUCGACACGCCUGGAUUCGGGGAUUCACUGGAUAAUAGUCCCUCAUUUGAGGUGAUUUCUGAUUAUGUUCGUCAUCAGUAUGACGAGAUUUUACUCGAGGAAAGCCGUGUCAGGAGAAACCCAAGGUUUAAGGACGGCAGGGUGCAUUGCUGUUUGUACUUGAUCAAUCCCACGGGACAUGGCCUGAAGGAGAUGGAUGUUGAGUUUAUCAGGAAGCUUGGAUCACUAGUAAACGUAAUUCCCGUGAUCAGUAAAUCUGACUCGCUGACGCCUGACGAGCUUAAACUGAACAAAAAGCUGAUCAUGGAAGAUGUGGACAGGUUCAAUUUACCCAUUUACAACUUCCCGUUCGACGAGGAAGAUAUUUCCGAAGAAGAUUAUCAGACUAACACGUAUCUGCGCUCGUUGUUACCUUUCUCGAUUAUCGGUUCUAAUGACGUCGAGGAUUUUGGCGACGGAGUGACAAUCCGGGGCAGGAGAUAUCCCUGGGGUACCUUGGAUGUCGAGGAUUCAUCAAUCUCCGAUUUCGUUGUAUUGCGAAACACGCUUCUCAUUUCACAUUUGCAUGAUCUAAAGGAUUACACGCAUGAAAUUCUUUACGAGAGAUAUAGAACGGAAGCACUUUCCGGAGAAUCUGUGCCAUUCGCGAGAUCGACUGCCAAUGCAGCCGCUGAUAUGAACUACGUCGCAUCUCCAGCGAUCUCCACGCCCAACAAAUCUGUGGCCUCAAACGCUGAGCAGCCACCGGCAAACGUGCCCCAUGAUACGUAUUUGGCAAGGGAAGAGCAGAUCCGACUGGAAGAAGAAAGGCUGAAGGCCUUCGAAGAAAGAGUCCAGCAGGAGUUGCUGUUCAAGAGAAAAGAACUUUUGGAAAGGGAAAAGGAGCUAAGAGAGAUUGAGGAAAGAUUAGAAAGGGAAGCUCAACUCAAGCAAGAAUCAGAGGCUUGA